AUGAUCGGCGUGCGGUUGAGAUCACUCAUUUCGAUAUUAUUUCUCUAUUUUUUCAAUUUUACCUAUUCUGUAGAACUUGUCGCCGAGGAGUUCAAGAAUCAUUUCAAUGUCGAGGAGAAACAAUUGGAAACCGUCGAGCAGCUUCUGCUCAAAAUGAAAAAGCUGGCGCAUUCUCGGUCGUUCGCUGGCCGCGAGUUCGGGCACGACGCGGUCGAGGAUUCAAAAAAAGAUGUUUCGAUCAGCGCGCAACAAGGCAAAGUAGCGAAAACUGUUUCGCCAUUUCUAUUCGAAGGAGACAUUUUCCUUUCGAAACGCCAAGCGGUCGACAUUCUCAAAUCGCUAUCGAAAACCAAGAAGCGUCAUCGUCGUUCGUUCGUCUCGGAUCGAUCAGCAAUGUGGCGAAGAAUGCCAAUCAAAUACCGAUUCCACGAGAGCAUCGAUUUCUAUACAAUCAGUCAAAUCAUCGCCGCCAUUCGCUAUUGGGAGGAUUCGACGUGUAUUUCGUUCGAGAACGUUUCCGACAUUCCUGACGGCGAUUACAUCGAGUUUUUCAGCGGUCAAGGAUGCUAUUCGAUGAUUGGCCGAAAUGGAGGAAGACAAGGUGUAUCCAUCGGCGAAAAUUGUGUAAGGAUGGGAGUCAUCGAGCAUGAGAUCGGUCAUGCUCUUGGUCUUUGGCACGAGCAAAGUCGUCCUGACGCGCUUUCAUAUAUUACGGUGGAGACCGACUUCAUUCUGCCAUCAUACAUCAGCGACUUUCUGCAGAGGGACGACGAGAUCGAUACAUUGGGAAUCCCUUAUGAUCUUGGAUCGGUGAUGCACUACGGCAGCACCGCGUUCAGUCUCGACGAGAAGAGCAAAACGGUGGUGACACGAGACCCAGCAUUUCAGCAAACGAUCGGCCAACGCGAGAAGCUCUCGUUCUACGAUGUGGCGACGAUUAACGAGGCUUAUUGUAAAGAUGCGUGUGUUGGCGAGACGACAAAGUGCGCCAAUGGCGGUUACAUGAAGCCGAGCAAAUGCUCCGAAUGCCUGUGUCCCGACGGACUCGGAGGAGCGAAUUGCGAAGAGGUGGAGAAGGCAAAGAACGCCGAAUGCGGCGGAAUAAUUAUUGUGGAUGAUGAAUGGAAAGAGAUCGAGUCGCCCGGAUUCCCGUCUCCUGGCUAUGAUCCCGAUCAAAAGUGUUCAUGGCUCAUCAAAGCCAACAAUCCGGAAGAUCGCGUCGAAAUGGAAUUCAUCGAUGACUUCUCGUUUCUGUGCACGUCGACGUGCGUCGAUUUCGUCGAGUUGAAGAUUUCCGACGACCUUCGCAACACCGGCUUCCGAUUCUGCUGCUACGACAAACCGGCGGGCAGCUUCGUCUCGCAACUCGGCACCGCCAUUGUGAUUCUACGCACACAGCUGUCGAACGACAUCGGAUUCAAACUGCGAAUCAGAUCAACGAAUAAGCAGGCGCGCACGACGCCGGCCGUCGUCAAAACGACGACGACAAUCGCGCCAGUGACCGUCAACGCGCCGAACGUGUGGGCCGACUGGGCCGAAUGGUCGACGUGCUCGCGAACGUGCGGUGGCUGCGGGAUUCGGAGCAGAGUGCGUGUUUGCCGAAGCAGGAAAUGCGAAGGUCGUCGUCAGGAGUUCGGAUCGUGCAAUCUCGAAGCGUGUCCAGUCGACAAGCAUUGCGCGAAACUGCUAUCGGCGAAUCGCCUCUGCCAUGGCAAAGUGUGCACCAAAAACGACAUCUCGAUCUCCGGCUGCGAUGCUCCCCAGUGUUGUCCGCCGUUCAUCAACGUCGGCGGAAUGUGCCAAUCGGACUCCGUCCAACACGAUGAUCUCCUUCUGUCACUUCGCUAA